GCAAGAUAUGCGACGGACAUGGCUCUCCACGACGUGUCACUCAGGGCCAACAAAGCUUCCAUCAUGGAUCAUUCGCCACACAGAAGCCAGGGCCCAGUUAGCUUGCCGCCAGCCAGUCCCCUCGACUGUUCGAGAUAGAGGAUGAUAGUCAGGCGGAGCUCCUCCCAGAAAGCGAUCACUUACAUGACCCCAGGCGCUCAGGGCAUGCAUGGCUUUCCUGCAGCAUGUCCAUGCUCCAAAAUUGUGACUGCUCAUCUCGAUCCCCCAAGAGGUCUUGGGCGAUAGACCAGACGUCCACCCGAGGUAUUGGGAGUGAACGCUCCACUCCCUCCACAGGCUCUUUUGACGCCCUUCGUCAAAUUUGGGAUUCCAGCAAAGGUACUUCCUCUGAUAUAAGACAGCUUGGGCUCUUUUCAAGUCGAGCUCCUUUCUGCCACCAACCAGGAACGAGGUCGACCACAAUAUACCAUCGAAAAUGUCUGACAUUAAAAUCGAUACGUCGAAGCCCAUCGACCUUCCACCGUGGACUCCCCCGCCUCCAACGAAGGAGAAAUUGGAAUAUGUCAAGCUUGUGAACAUUGAUCUCGCCAAAUUUGACGACCCAGAGGGCAGAAAAGAGCUCGCCCGUGAUCUCUACGAAGCUGCUACUGGACACGGCUUCCUGACUCUCACCAAUCAUGGCAUUUCAGAUGAGGUGUAUAUGCGCCAGAUGACUUUGGCAAAUGCUGCCAUGACCUUGCCUCCUGAAGAGAAGGCUCCGUAUGAGGUCACACCACAAGAGGAUGCACGAGGUCUCUAUGUAGGCUACAAGCCUUCAGGUCCCUUGGGCCACAAAGGAGGAUUCCCCAAGCAGCUUGACCAUUACAACAUUCUGGUCCACGACCCCAAGAACAGAGCCCAUCCUCCCGUCCUUCGUCCUCACCUCGAAGAGAUCUACCAGGUUAUGCACUUCAUUCGGGCCUCGAUCCUGAAGAAGCUGCUUACAUUGGUUGCGAUGAUACUUGAGGUGCCCGAAGAGGUGGUGUUGGCGACACACGCCGAGGGUGGCUCCAAGACGGAAUACAUCCGAUACAUGCUCUGCGCGCCUCGCUCCAAGGAAGAGAGUGCGAAAUACCGGGACAUCUUCCUCUCGGGCCACACUGACUGGGGCACGUGGACCUUCCUGUUCUCGCAACCUAUUGCCGCCCUUCAGGUGCUCGACCACCGGGACCAGAAGUACAAGUACGUCGAGCAUCUGCCCAAGGCACUCGUUGUCAAUUUUGGCGAGGCUCUCGAACUGUUGACUGGAGGUCUCUUCAAAGCGACCAUCCACCGCGUGGUUGAGCCUCGUGAGGACCAGCGACAUUUGAACCGAAUUGGAGUCAUCUAUUUCGCCCGGCCUUGUGAUGACCGGCAGUUGGUGCCCAUCGAAAACUCGCCCCUGCUCCAGCGACUGGGCGCGGACAAGCCUGUCGAUGACCGCGUUUUCUGCAUGGCGGACUACUUGGAUGCUCGCAAGCAUGGCUACAAACGCAUCGAGUUUGAUAUUGACCGACCCGCGGAGCCGGGAAAACAUGCCGACUUCUUUGAUGGCGAGUAUCCCGACCCGGAGGACCACAAGAGCUUGGGCAAGUUCGAUAACGUUCCUCGUCCCAAAUAUGUUAUUCCGACUAUCAAGGCAUGAAAUAUUUUGGCCAAGUUUAGCCCUUGUGUCGGCACAGACGGGGUGGUCAGAUAGUUAACAUUUCUCACGUUAAUGAGUAUGCUCUGAAACAUGAACCACUGUACCUCCC